CAGGCAGUAUGAGGGCAGCUAGUUAAGUUUACGGAAAUGUUAUAACUGCAUGGAAUUUGAUGGAUGAGAGAAAUUCAGUUUAUCUAUAGACUCAUUACGAUUGAAAUACAUUGUAGGGAAGGUUUCACAUAGAAAACGGAAUCAAGAUGCCGUUAUUUGGGCAAAAUCCUUUCGAUCAGGAUGUCGAAAAAGUAACUAAUGAAAACAACACAACGGAGGACUGGAGCCUCAUUAUGGAUAUUUGUGACCGAGUUGGGACAACACCUAAUGGUGCAAAGGAUUGUCUCAAGUCAAUCAUGAAGCGAGUCAACCACAAAGUUCCUCAUGUGGCCAUGCAAGCACUAACAUUGCUUGGUGCUUGUGUUGCAAACAGUGGAAAAAUCUUUCAUCUAGAAAUCUGUUCCAGAGAGUUUGCCAGUGAAGUACGAAGCAUAUUGAGCAAAGUGCACCCUAAAGUGAGUGAGAAGCUCAAAGGUCUAAUGGUGGAGUGGGCUGAUGAGUUCCAGAAAGAUCCACAACUCAGCCUCAUUGGUGCCACCAUCAAAUCUCUGAAAGAAGAAGGAGUGAUUUUCCCUUCCUCAGCCUCAAAGACUAGCAAGUCCAGCAGCACUACUGCCACCAACCGAGCACCUGAUGAUGAUGACCUUGCCAAAGCCAUUGAGCUAUCCUUGCAGGAGCAAAAACAACAAGCCGAAACACGACCACUUCUUGUGACACCUGACCCUCCCUUCAAUACUAAUGGCGUUAAAGAAACACGGAAAGUGCGUGCUCUCUACGACUUUGAAGCAGCUGAGGACAAUGAACUCACCUUUAAGGCUGGUGAGGUUGUUCUUGUCCUGGAUGACAGUGAUCCAAAUUGGUGGAAAGGAGAGAAUCAUAGAGGAGUAGGACUGUUUCCAUCUAACUUUGUCACAACCAACCUAAAUGUGGAUCCAGAACCAGUCACUUAUGUAGAAAACACAACAGUUCCUGAGGAGCCCACAGUAGAAGCUAUAGCAGAGCCAGAACCAGUGCAUAUAGAUGAGGAAAAGAUGGACAGAACUUUGUAUUUACUCCAGAACACAGACCCGGCUGACUCUAAGCCUGACAGCUCUGAGCUGAUCACAUUGGAGGCUGAAUGUGCACAGAUGAAUCCUCUGAUAGAUGAAAAAUUACAGGAGAUUGACAGGAAGCACUCAGAAUUGUCUGAGCUGAAUGUGAAGGUGCUAGAAGCCCUGGAGCUCUAUAAUCAGUUAAUGAAUGAAGCUCCUCGGUAUUCGGCAUACUCAAAGAUGGCAACUCCUCAGGGGACUUAUCCAGCUGCUCCUCCUGCUGUAACUAUGCAGGGUUACCCAGGCCAACCCUCAGGGGCUUAUGUAUCUGGUGGCGUCCCACAAGGCUACAGUCUGGGCUCAGACCAAGCUGCCCCCCUCUGCUCGCUGCCCCCCACAGUGAACUCUACAGCCCCUGGUCAACCUUCACAGCCUCCCUACAUCAGUGGUUUGGGCGCACCAUAUAUGAACCAAGCUCCUAGCACUUACCCGCCACAGAUGGCUAUGGACAUGUCUGCUUAUCAGAAUGCUAAUCCCGGUAUGCCUCCACCCCCUUAUCCAGUGGCACCUCCUGCCCAUCCUUCAUCCCAGCAGCAGCAGACAGCUUAUUACCCACAGCCCCUCCUAUAAAGCUGUGCAUAUCACUUUCAAUGCGGUAAAACUCUGAAGUCACCUGAUGUUGAGGAUGUACUGUAGACAUCCGGCUCAGCAGCAGCUCACAACUCACCAUUGGAAAAAUGCAAUUAACUGGCUUUUGAAGGGUUUGUUUUCCCUUUUAUGAACAUAUUUCAUUUAAAUGUACACUUGUGCAUCAUUCUUCUUUUCUGUUAAUAAGAACACACACAAGCCUUCACCAGCAUGCUAUAUUCAUAACUGAACAUAUUCAUGACAUACAUUCUCACCCUGAGAUAAGAACAACAUAAUUUAUUGGAAACGUUAUAGGAUUCUUUAAAAUUGGUCUUUUGUUUUGUUUUGUUUUUUUCUUUCAUACUGUUUUUAGCAAACAUUUUUUUGACAGACUGACAAUUGAGGAGUCAUAAAAAAAACACAGAAAGUAAUGAAAAUGUUCACAAACCACCAAAAUGCUGAAAUAAAUAAAAGUGCCAUGACAUUCAGCAAUUUGGUUAAUAUCCAUGUUUACAUUAAAAGCCUGAACAUUUUAACACAGUUAACUGUUGUGUUGAAAUCAGACUGCUGUUAUAUGGAGAAGCAGUAGCAGUUAGGGACCAUCACAGUAGGCUGCUGAGAUCAGAGGCUCAUGUAAGCAGGUUUUAUAAGAUUGGCUUUGAUAUGAGCUGAAAGUGGGCACAAAUGCAAUCCCUUUAGGCUUAAUUCCUGAGUUUCUAUGUAGAAGUACCAUUUUAUUGUGCGAGUAAUAGUGCUUUCACUGUAGUUGGAUUUCUCUAAUUUAACCUCUAUAAAAUUACUCUGCAAAGGAAUAAAUCAUGGUGAUGCUUUAAAAUGAAAUUAUAAAUGAUGCCUUAUAUGGCCUUUAUGUGUGAAAUUCUUUUUUGUGUUAGAUACAUAGAUGUAAAAUAUAUUUUGGUGGACAACUGUAAUGCUUUGACCAAAUAAUCAUCAUUACUUAAGAGUUAUGGAGUACUCUGUUGUUUUCUUAAUGUUCUUUAUUGCAAUACUAAUAUCAGAAUGAAUAUAGUCUGGAAGUCUCCUUAGUUUUUCAAAAUCAAAUUAGUUCAUUUCACAUUCAAUAUGUCAAAGAGAUCUGAGCAAAACCAGUGUCCAAUUUGUAGUAUGAUGUAGACAGGAGAAUCAUGUUCACUUUAUUUUCGUAACCUGCCUCAAUUAAUGUAUUGUAUAUUCAAUGUAAAAUAUUUGGCUUUUCUGUAUUGCACCUAUCUGUAUGAUAAUCAUUUACCAACAGAUGCCUUGUUCUGUCAGAUGAUGGAAGUCAAAUAAGAGCAUGCAAUUUUUGGAAUUAAUUGCAGAUGCUGCUGUAUAUCUGUAAAAAUCUGUAUGUUUUAUGAGAUUUAAAUAUUUAGGUAAAUGUUCCUAUAUAAGCCUGUAUACUUCUGGCAAACCCAAUGUUUUAUAACACAAAAGUCACUUUGCAUCCUCAUUUUUAAGAUUACUUUUGUAACAGUAAAUUGUAAUAUCUUUCCAAAUAAAUUUGCCUUGUGUUCCAAAUGGUUUUAGAGAUUGUUGGAAUUGUUUGAAACCCCUGUCACCAAUGUUGAGAAUCAAAUAUUAAAAUGAUCAAACUCUG